AUGGACAGUAUGAUGUGGAAAGAUUCGAAACUCGACAGAGACAGAGAGGGCCCCGACUCGCAGCUGUAUCUUGGUGCGCGUUGUGAUAUAGAGUUCAUCUGUUACCGUUUGCAUCGCCCGGUCAGGAUGAACGCCGCUGCUGCUCCUGCUGCUCCUGCUGCUACUACUGCUGCUACUGCGACCACGACUGCGACUGCUCCUGCUGCCCCUGAGCUGGACCUUGAGCGCAGCGAGUUAUGGGAAAGUUUGAUUCUCGUGAGCGGUCCGAGUAGCAGAGUCAGGAAGUACGUCGGUGCCAAGGCAUUGCCAAGGCUCCCCUACGCUAGCUUCCACCCAUUGUCAGCGCAAACAAUGUCCGCUCCGGCCCCAGAACCGCAGCAGCAGCAGCAGCAGCAACAGCAACAGCAACAGCAACAGCCGCCAGAGGUUGCCGCGCCGCCAGCCGCAACUGAGGCUCCUCGCCCGGUGAUUGCCGCUGAUGACAAUCUCUCUUGUCAGUGGGACAAGUGCUCUGAACGAUGCCCAUCCGCCGAGGCGCUCUUUGAACACAUUUGCGAGAAGCACGUUGGCCGCAAGAGCACCAACAACCUCAAUCUCACCUGUGGUUGGAAUCAAUGCCGUACCACCACAGUGAAACGUGACCAUAUCACGUCCCAUAUCCGAGUCCAUGUUCCCUUAAAGCCACACAAGUGUGAUUUUUGUGGAAAGGCCUUUAAGCGUCCUCAAGAUCUGAAGAAGCACGUUAAGACCCACGCCGACGAUUCGGUUCUCUUGCGCUCCCCAGAACAACAUGGAGGUCAGAGCUCCGGAUACAGACAGGGUGGCAAAGCGACCGGCGGAGGCUAUUAUGAUCACCACGCCCCUCAGAUGCAUCCGGGCUCCGCCCCCAACUAUGGCCACCACCCUGCCCACAACGGCUAUUAUGCCCCGCAACAACCAAGCAACUACGGUCCAGUCUACUACCCCGUCGGCCAUGGGGCAGACGUGGGAGGGCAUGGCGCCUAUGACCGAAAGCGAAACUUCGACACGCUCAACGACUUCUUCGGUGAUGCCAAGCGCAGACACAUUGAUCCCACCUCCUACCAUCAAGUGAGUCAACGCUUGAUGGCUCUCGCCGGCAUCCCAAUCCACGGCGGGGGACUGGACUACAUGCACGCUGCCCCACAGAUGGUUUCGGUGGACGGCCACCACGGAGGUCACGGUGGUCCCAUGCCACAACACCAAUACGCUCUGCCGCUUCCCAACGUGAGAACCAAGAAUGACCUGAUGAACAUCGAUCAAUUCUUGGAGCAGAUGCAAUCCACCGUGUACGAGAAUUCCAACGCCGCCGCCGCCGCCGGAAUUCAGCAACCAGGUGCUCACUACACUCACUCCGGCGUGAACUUCCGCCAGAGCCACUCCCCUCCCCAGACGACCCUCCAUGGCCUGAGUCACAUGGCUCCCCACGCGUCUUCGUCUCACGUGUCUGCUCCGAUGAUGUCCAGCCACCACUCCUCGCACUCCACCACAUCUGGAACCCCGGCCUUGACUCCACCAUCAAGCUCCGUCUCUUACACUUCGGGCCACUCCCCCGUUUCGUCCCAUGGCAUGUCUCCCAUUUCAAGGCACAGCUCCACCUCAGCGCAAUACCCAAGCUUGCCGGCCGUCUCGAUGGGAUACUCACCUCACUCCGCCACUGCGCCUACGUCAACCCUCGGACCCAACUUUGACAGUGAUCCCCGCCGCCGUUACUCGGGAGGCAUGCUCCAAAGAAGCGCCAACCCCAUGCGCAGCACGGAGAUGGAUUCCUCAGAUGAUUCUUCAUCCCCAUCAUCAAAGGAGACCACUCCUACGCUCCGCAACUCUGUUGUCUCGAGCAACAUCGACCCAGCUCUCUCUGGCGUGAUGUCCCCGAGCGCCCAGUCGGAGAGUGGCGAGUCGGCCAAGGACCGUGCUGAGGAGGCUUGGAUCGAGAACAUCCGUGUGGUCGAGGCCCUGCGCAAGCUCAUCCAGGACAAGCUCGAGCGUCGUGAGUAUGUUGAGGAUGAGGAUCAUGAUGUGUCGAUGGGCGGAACUGAGGUGAAGCAAGAGGAGAAGAGUACAGAAAGCCUGUACCCCACUCUGCGAGCGGAUGACGAUUGA